AUGUCAUCAAGAAAAGAAUUAACGGAAAGUUUGUUAGAUAAAGAUUCGUAUGAAGUGCCAGAUAUUCAGGUGAUGAAUUCAAGUUAUAGUGAAGAUGGACUUUUACCACCAUCAAUAUCAUCAUCGAGAAGAGAGUUACCAGAACUUUCUGUGCCUAUACGAUUGUCGGAAGACCCAUCAAUGAUGACAGGAAAUUAUGAAUUGUCUAGUGUCAAAAUUGAUAAGAAUUCAUUGUAUACCGAUAAUACAGAUGGAACUAGUAGUAACAAUAGGAGGCUAAUUUCACCAAGGAGGAUGAAAAUAAAUUAUGUGGACGAACAGGAUGACUUUUUAGUGGCUAGAGCUAAAUACCCUGAUGGAAGAUAUUGUGUAGUGGCGAGACAAUACCUGUCUAAAGAUUAUUUCAAAAAGGACUAUCAAGUAACGAUAUCGAAUUUUGAUGUUUUUCAAACAGUGUUGGCAGAUGUUUCAGAUAUUGAAUCAUUAAUGUGGAAAAAGACAACAGGACAGUACAAUGAAUUGGAUGAAAGAGAAACCUGCAUGGCAAUGUGUCAUGUUUCAGACUUUUUAUUUGAAAGUCUAAAUGCUAGGUAUGAGUAUAUGGCUUUGUCCAAUCAAAGCUUUAGGAAGGAAAAGAAAGUAGAUCAUGAAUAUUACCAAUCCAGAUAUCACAAACGUAGUGAAAGAACUCGACAUAACACAGCUGAUGAAUAUUUCCAAGUGGAAGAUAUUACCUGUAAGCAAUUCUCCAAGAAUUGUUGCUAUGCCUUAUUGUUGAUAGUAUCAAUUUUCAUCUUCCUCCUUGUUGCUAGUGUUCCAAUUUGGUUAAUUGAGGGAACCUAUGAAGCUCAAACCCUGAAUCAAAUGACCAGUAACUUUACCAUUAAUAACGUUACCACUUCCUCUAAUGAGACAGACAUUACCUAUGAUUUAUUCAAUAUUGACCAUUGGUAUUAUACUAAUUGCUUGUAUUUUAGUACUGUGACGUUUACUACUGUAGGAUAUGGAGAUGUUGUUCCUCAAACAGUUGCAGGAAAACUAUUUGUAGUUUUAUUUGGUAUUUUGGGAUUGGCAACGAUGGGAGCCAUGACAGGAGUAUUAUUUAAAAAGUUAAUGCAAAACACCAAAUCCUUCCUCACCUUAAUUUCCAAUAUUAUAGUAUUCUUCAUCAAACUCUGCAUGUCAUGCAGUUUCAAUUCCACUCAAAGAAAGACUAGUAGGAUAGAACGAGUUGUUUCUGUAAUUGUGAAACAUCCUCUUAGUCAAAUUGUAUAUUUCUUCUUCCUAGUGGCAACGUAUUCCAUUGUUGGAGCUCUCAUCUUUAUGGCAUUUGAAGAUUGGGUGUUUGGUGAUAGUCUCUACUUUGUAUUUAUUACACUAACAACUAUUGGAUAUGGCGAUCUUAAACUGAAAAAUUCAGGUUCUAAAUUCUUUUUGAUAUUCUUUAUUAUUUGUGGAAUAGGUCUGUUGGGUAUUUUACUUGCCUUAAUUGGUGGUGUAUUCAAAAGAUUACUGAAAAAGAUUUACCUGAAGACAACCAGUCAACAGGAAGGAAACAAAAAUGAAGAUUUUUUCAAUGUUGCCUCAAUUCAAGAGCAUAACACUCCAGGAAGAGAUUCAGAUCAUCAUAGAUACUAA